AUGUAUAGAUCGUUGUUAAGACCAUCGGCAGUGGCAUUCCGUGCUUUCACGCCACGCUCUACCAUUUCGGUUCGUUCUUUCUCGGUCUAUUCUCCGCAAUUUAUGAAAUCGGCUAAAGACUCCCAUGCCUACAAAUAUCUUCAUGAAAAAAAGCCAAUUGAACAAAGAUUUACUGCAGAGCACGAAUACGUCAACUUAUACGAUGAUGAAUCUGCGUUUCUCGGAAUAACACCUUACGCCGCACAAGCUUUGGGUGAUGUCACAUAUGUUGAAUUGCCUGAAUUGGGCACUAAAGUCGAAGCUGGUGAUACUAUUGGAUCAGUCGAAAGUGUCAAAUCUGCAAGUGAGAUUUACUCGCCUGUUAGUGGGGAAGUCGUUGGUGUGAAUAACUUAUUGGAAAGCGAACCUGGUUUGUUGAAUCAAGAUCCUUCUCAUGAAGGUUGGAUCGCUCACAUCAAAUUGGACGAUCCUGCUCAAAUCACAAAUAAUGAUGAAUUGAUGGAUAAAGAUACUUAUACAAAAUCACUAAAAGAAGAUUAA